GAAAAGAGCCUUGUGCCCCACCCAAGAUCCUAGAUACUAAAGUGGAGGAGAGUUCCGAAGUACCUAUUUUAGAAGACACGUCAUCAUCACCAACAGAUAUUCAACAGCAUUUAUGGCAGGUUUCUACAGAUAUUGAAAACACUGAAAGAGAUAUGAAAGAAAUGAAAAACCUUUUAAGUAAACUCAGGGAGACUAUGCCUUUACCACUGAAAAAUCAAGAUGAUAGCAGCCUCCUAAACUUGACUCCUUACCCAUUAGUAAGAAGACGGAAGCAAAGAUUCUUUGGACUGUGUUGUCUUGUCUCAAGUUAG